AUGGACGCUAAACCACCAACCUCACAUUCAUUAUGGUCGCCGUAUGAUACUGUCCGAGACGCAGCAGAUUCUUUGGGUGUGACCAUCUCCGAUGAAACAGCCAAAAGUUUAGCCAUGGAUGUUGAAUACCACAUCCAUGAAAUAAUAGAGACGGCAGUUAAGUUUAUGAGACACUCUAAGCGAAGGCAGUUGACUACGUCAGAUGUAAGUAAUGCUUUGAAAAUACUUAAUAUUGAACCAUUAUAUGGCUAUGAUAAUACUCAACCUUUGAAUUACAAAGAAACAAUGGUUGGUGCUGGUGGACAAACAUUGUAUUAUAUUGAUGAACAUGAAAUUGAAUUCGAGAAAUUGAUCAACCAACAGUUACCCAAAGUACCUCGUCAAGUGAACUUUACUGCCCAUUGGCUAGCCAUUGAAGGUGUACAGCCAAUGGUUCCUCAAAAUCCCUUACCCAGUGAAAUUAAAAGUCUACCAGCAGUGGUACGUGGAGCAACAACAUCAAUGUUGGGUAAUGAUAUUUUAAGUCUUGGCAGCAAAAAUGAAAAUGGAGAAAGUGGCGAUACAACUAAACAUGAAUCUGAAUUGUUAUCGAAUGGUGGUUCUGCUAAUCACACAAAUAACAAUAACUCCAAUAAAAAAUCAACUGAAAAAGAUAUGGAAAUCAAACCAUUGAUAAAGCAUGUCUUGUCAAAAGAAUUGAAAUUGUAUUUCGAUAAAGUGGUUGAUGUGUUAAUUUCAACUGACCCUGAAAAGGAACAUUUGAAAAAUGCUGCAUUAACUUCAUUGAAAUCUGAUCCAGGGUUACAUCAAUUGGUUCCUUAUUUUAUUCAAUUUAUAGCAGAACAAAUAACCAAUCAAUUAAGAAAUAUUGAAAUUUUAUCAACCAUGCUAGAAGUCAUUCUGGCAUUAGUUGAUAACAAAACUAUAUUUUUGGAUCCAUAUGUGCAUGCAUUAAUGCCAUGUAUUUUGACUUUAUUAUUGGCAAAGAGAAUUGGUCCUGUGAUAAAAUUAACUCAGGAUAAUAAACAAGAAUGGCAAGAUGCAUUAAAAUCUCAAUUGGCCAUCCGUGAAUUUGCUGCCAUAUUGUUGCAACACAUUAUUAAAGUAUAUGGAUCAUCCUAUAGUACAUUGCGGCCGAGAAUAACACGGACAUUAUUAAGGGCAUUAUUGGAUUCAACAAAACCAGUAGGUACCCAAUAUGGUGCAUUAUUGGGAUUGAGAAAUAUGGGUACUGAAGUUUUAAAAUUAGUUUUGCUUGGUAAUUUAAAAGUAUGGUAUCUGGCAAUUAUUGAAAAGAAUGAAAAUGAUUAUGAACGUCAAAUUUUGAUCAAUGCCUUAUUGGAUACGCUUCGGAAACUAAAACUUGAUGAUAAACUAUUGAAUCAGCCCCAAUCUCAAGAUGGUGAUGAUAUGGAUAUUGAUUCAAAUAAUGAAAUCAGUGAUGAAGUGAAAACAAAAUUAAUAGAAAGAUUUGGUAAAUCAUUAGCUGAUUUAUUAAUAGAACAAGAGGAUGGUAAGCAAAUAAUAAAAGGGAUUUUCUUUGGCGAAUUAUCAGUUUGA